AUGCAGCACACAAAACAAAUCUUGUCUAAGUCAGUGCAUAAGCAGUCUAAAGUGCAGGCCAAUGGGGGCUUGAAGUCCAAGGCACAUAUCAGAGCUUUUCAACAAGCCUGCAACAUCUUCAUGGGAUUCAAUGGGACAGCCCGCACAUCUGCAACUUCUAUUAGAGCUUCAAGUUCAGGUGCAAUACCCAUUGCUGUUCAUAACCUCUCGCCCGACCAUUUAGAUGCGUUUACACAGGCCAUCACUCGCAUUAUAGUGAUGGAUCUUACAACCCAUGUGUUUACACAGAUUGUUUAUGGAAAGCCAGUCAGCCAGCACACCUAUGAUUAUGCCAAAUGUUGCCCAAUCUUGAAUCCAGUUCCGGCUACAGCAUUGCCAGAAGCUGUAGAAAUAGCCAAAUGUUACCAGAGUCAUUUUCAGGCAGAUUCACUGAUGGUGGACUCUAUGCUUGCGCAAUCCUAUCAAAAUACCACAAUUGGUUCAAAGGAAUUCAAGCUCCGCCUACUCGAAAUCACUGCUACCACAUUCCAUGGUAUGGCAGUCUCAAUCUUCAACCAAGUGCAUGACAAGGGAUCCGACUCCUGUAACCCAAGCAGCAGCACCAGCAACAAGGACCAACUUGCACGGCCGAGCUCUGAGCUACCAACGCGUCUCCUCCAUGCGGACUAUAUGGACUACGAUUGGUAUCCCUCGGGUCUUGCUGACGGGGUCGGCUACUGGGCCGAGCUCUGCUUGUUUGGAGGAGUGGUCUUAUUCAAUCGGGGGGAUUCAGAGUGCGAGGCCCUCGAUGCCUACUUGCACCCUAAGUUCCCCUAUAAAAUCUUCAAACUAUCCGAUUCCCAAGUUGACUCUUUCGUCGACUUUGCACUCUCCGCCACAGACCAAGCUCAGAAUCAGCCCCCAUCACCUCUUCCCAUUCGCACCGAAAAGUAUGCACCGCGAAUCUGCCCUGAUGAGUCCAUGGCGCUGCAUAUCUUCCGCAAUAAGUAUGAGCGGAAACCACGCCAUUUGCGUGGCUUGAGGCCCUCAUAUCAUCGACCACUGAGGUUAGAGGAUGAUCCACAAAUGAUGGAUUUCAUUGAGAGUUAUCAGAAACAAAGGAACUCAGAUUGA